AUGUGCCUCGAGUACUCCGCAUAUAAUGCUGAGAUGCGAUCCCUUUGGUGUUGUCCUGAAUGUUUAAAUGCUGCUCCAAAAGCAACAAAACAUGAUAACACUCCAGUACGCAACGUUUCCACCAGGGGUUGCAAACGAACUACCCCUAACUCUCCUCCGAUUUCAAGUGAAAACAUUGUUAUGAGCAAGGAAAUUAUUCGGGAAGUGGUGCAGGACAUCAUUAAAGAGAGCACGAGUAACAUAGUUUCAAAAAUGCAAGAGAGUAUAAUCAACAUCCUUAAUAAUGAGCUGAAACCAGUACGGGAUGAGUUAUUACAGAUAAUAAGAAGCUUCAAGAAUCUCAAGCUGAUUUACCAUCCGCUGUUCAGGAUCUAUAGUUCUCUGGCUCUACUUCUUCAACACAUGAGAGACAAUGUUUUGAAUAUGAAGAAAAAGCCAAAGCACUAUCUGGAGUUCACGAUUAUUAUGGUUAUGAUACUCGUCGCAAAAAAACCAGAAGAAUUCAGCCAUUUAAGUCACGGGUAA